CCCUCUGGAGGGGCGGGUAGGGGGGAGUCAGGGGAGGGCCCAGGGAUCUGGCGCUUCUUGGGCCUCCUACACCCCUACCUCACUCACCCUGGCCCUGCCCCCUACCUCAACCUUCCACUCAGGAGCAUAGUGAGAGACCAAAUUGGGAGAAGGGCUGAGGUGGUAGCCCCCUCUGGCCACAGGCCCGCUUCUCACGUGCCCAGGUGCACACCUGCAAAGAUGGCCACGUUGGACUGGGUGGCAUCAAAGGGGCAUCGAGCCUGCCCACUCAGCUCUUCACCCUCCUGCUGCAGCGAAGUUAUCUGGAGGGAGAGGGAACAGAUUCUUGGAACCAUCAGGGUCUCGGAGUCUGGCUCCAUCACCCACCUCCCCGCGUCCCCUUGCCUCUCUCCCCAACCCCUUCAGGACCCUUGCAUUCUGGACACUCCGGUUGCCCACCUUGGGUUCUCUUCCCACUCCCAUCAUGACCCCUUCCCUGCCCCACACCCCCUCCCUCUGCCUUUGUACCCCAUAGCUGCGGCACACGGGGCUGAAUGAGUUCGUUCCACAGGCAAGGAGUGUCUGGGAGUCCCAGGGAACAAGAACACGAAUAUAGUUGUGGCACUCGUCCUAGAGAAGCCAAAAUUCAAGCAGACCUUUCCAGGCCUCAUCUCCAUGCCUGCACCUCCUGCCACAUGCCUCUUACCUUGUUGGGAACCAGCCCCUCCCCUGCCUCCUGGGCUUGAAGAUCGAAGGAGAAAACGUGAUCCCUGCAGGGAGAGGCUGCCUCAAAAUGGAAAUAUAAAUAAUUCAACGACAGGCACAGGCAACGGUAGCCCAAAGUCCAGGAAAAGAUGGAUAUGGUGAAAGCGUGGUGAGACUGCCCUUCCCACUCAUCAGGCACCGCCAACCCCACCCCAGCUGACCCCGGUUGGGCCCCGCAGUGGGAGGUGUACUCCAGCUUCCUGCCCUCCCUCCCCUCAAACUGAAGCGAGGGGCUGAGUGGCUCCUGAAACCAGGUCGGGUGAGAAUCCUUCCUUUCUGUGAAUAGACAGCUAUCCCUCACCAAUCCUUAGUUGUUCAUCCCACCAUGUCCCCUUAAAGAACAGACCCUGGGUUUCCAAGCCCAGCCCAUUCCAUCUCCCCAAAUCCACUCUUGGAGCCAGGACCCAAGUGUACCCCACCCCCAGUCCAGCGUCACUGGUGGGGAGGUUGACGUCAGAUGGGGUCCCAAGAGGGCUGGAGGAGGGGAAGGGGUAGGAACAUCUAAUGAUGACCCCCUCCCCAGGGGCAGAGCAGUCAGCUAGCUAACGACCCUCUGGUGCUGAAAGGCCAAGCCUCCCUAACCACCCCACCCCCAUCCCCGGAUGCUGGUGCUCCCAGGGGAAGAGAAAGAGACCCAGCCUGUCUCCUAUCCUCCCCCUCCGGCUCCCUCCCCCCUCCAAGUUGCCCUGGGCAACUGGUAUCUUCACCCAGGAAACAACUUUGGCCUCUGGCAAGUGGGGAGAACAGCCAGACCCCUCUUCCUGCUUCCAGACCAGGCCAGUUUCCAUCCCCUGCCUUCAGGAGCUGCUGCCCUUUCCUCACCUGGGGUGGUGACUCCUGUGGGGGUUUGAGGGGGAUAGGAAACCUGUGACCUGAUGGAAGAAGGGACAGGAGGGAAGAGGCUUAGCUAGACCUCCUUACCACAUCCCUUAGAAGUAAAUGUGAAAAUUUAGGAGAAGUCUACUGAGGCUAGGGAAAGGGAUGUGCGGCCCUGGAAAGGUGUGGGUGUGUUGUGAGGUGGGGUGGGGCGGGGUGUUGACAGUGAGCUAGAUUACAGAGGUGCCGGCCGCUUCAAACCCAAAGAUGUGAGGGCAGGGGCAGGGGCUGCCCCUAGCUGGAAACUCCUGGAACUGAAGGACCAGUCUUGGGGAAAAGGGUGACAGGGAGAGUUUGUGGGGCAUGACGACCACUCCCACAUUAAAACCCUCAGAAUCCAGCAGCCUUCACCGAGAAAGCGCCCUAGCUGGGGACAAUAGAGGCUAAUUUGCAUCUCAUUUGCAUGCUCUUCAUUUCUAGGCAAAAUGCUCCGAUAGCAAACAUCCCCAGCCCCUUCCUUCUUCCCUAAGAGAGCAGGUCCUGCCUCCCUCCUGCCCAGUGUCUCUGCACCCCACCCCCUGCCUUGGACUGGAUUAGUCCAGCCUCUGAAAACACUUGGUUGGCCUUCGCAUUGGCCCCCUAGACUUGUAUGAUAUGUCUUUAAGAAGGCUUCCCACAUUGGUUUUUGGAGGAGCAGCAUCUGAGCAGUUCCCAUCCCACCCAGGGCCUGGGGAAAGGCAUCAUACCCCCCAUCUGAAGCAAAUGGGGGAGGCCUGGCCAAACCUUUCUUCCCCUCCUAGGUCUUCUCUUUGCUGGGAGAGAAAACAGCUCUUCUCUCUCCUCCUGGCCCUACGGCCACCUCUGGGGAGUGGCCAGGGUCAUGGCCAGAGUCACAACCAGAGUCAAGGCGGGUGGAGGGGGAGGCUGGGGAAGGGAUGGAGAAGGGGAGACCGGGCUGGGGACAAUAGCAGGAAGCUCUCAGGCUGGUCUCCCGCCCCAGUCCACCUUCCUCUGGGGGAGCAGACAGGAGGUAGAGGGGGUGGGGGGCGCGGUGAGGAUCCUCGAGAAACAGGCUGAAGGCGCAUUCCCUUCUCCAAGACAUUUCUCCCACCCUCUGCCCCUGGUUCCGCACCUACUCUCCCUUCCACCCAACCCCCAACGAGGAUAAUCCAGGUGUUUAGAGCCUGGCAUAAGAUGGGCCCGCGGCCAGGGGCUCGACGUGUCUCCCCCUCACUGGAUCUGGGGCUCCGAGAGGGGCGGGCAGCAGAGUCUGGGCCGGGACCGGGUCCCAGAGCCACGUUAGCGGGAGGAGGGGCUGGAGGGGCCUGCAGGCGCAGACAGAGUGAGGAUGAGAGCGGGGGUUGGGGAGCGGAGGCGGGUCUCCCAGGCCAGAGAAACAGGGCCAGAGGCUGGGAACCAAAGAGAGCAGGCCUGCGGCCGGCGCUGAGCGGGGUCCGCCGGCUAAAGGUUCAGUCUCCAGCUAGGCUCUCCUCCUUGGGAGACUCUGGCCUAACAAAGCCCCGGGGCGAGUGGGGUGAAGAAAGGAGAAGGGCGCGGGGACUGUUGUUUCUCGGGGGCCCCCUUCCCCGACUCUGCCCCAGCCAACCUCCUGAGAGGUGCUCAGACUCCCGCUUGCACAAGGACAGAGGUGCAACCGUGACACCAAAGUCCGGAACGACGCGUCCCCCUUCCCAUCCCUGCAGAGACAUCGAGAGGAGGGUCCAGUUCUCCGCGGGUUUCGGAGCCUUAGUUUCCCUGCCCGGGAGUCAAGGCACCAGGGUUUCCACCCUCUGCACGGUGCGCGCCUCAGAUAAUCCCCUUUCGCGCUCCCCAAUCCAGGGGACGCGACUCAGAGAAGCCCGGUGGGAAGAGGAGCCCAGACGCUGCGCCCAACAGUGCACUGACGGGGCUCGGCCACGGUCCCCUCCUCCCUCCAAGCACCCCAACUCCGCUGACCCUCUCCACCAGCCAGGCACACAGCGCGCUGGCACCCUCCCGGUUCCCUCUCGCACUUCGGAACGUUGUCCCCAGCUGCGGCGUCCCCCGUCCUCCUGGCCUCCCCUGCAGCCCCAUCUCCCCAAGCUCCGGGGUACUUGCUCCGAGAUCCGGGUCAGCGGGACCGAGAUCGCAGCGGGCGGGCAGCAGCCCCGCACCACGCCGAGUUCGCAAUCCGUGAUUGGGGCUCUGGCGAGAUGUGAUGAGCGUCCGAAUGGGAUGGAGCCCGGAUCUGAGCUCCCGGCCGCUGUCGGGUCUGGCAAGCCGCGGGUCCCAGUCGCAGCCCCCACUCCCGCCGCGGCUCCGCGCAGGAAAACAAUGCGACCGCCCGGGGCUCUGGGCCGGGCCCCAGCCGCCCCGCCCGCCUCCCGGCCGGCUCCGCCUCCCGCCCGCCUCUGGGCCUCCGCAACCAAUCUGGCUCUCGGAAGCUGGCUGGACACCGCCUUCUCGACACCUCUUCACCAAUAGUCCUCCUUGGGGGCGGGGCGUAAGGAGCACCGCCCACCGAGAGGGCCAGGUCGGGAGGCUGAGCCAGAGACCAAAGCCAGGCGCGAGAUGGAGAAACCAGCGGACCAUCGCCGAGACUCGUACGGAGGAGGGGGUCUCACGGAGAGGUCCUG